UUCUACCCCGACUGAUGGCAGUUCUACACAGUAGCAAAACCCGCAGCAAGGCAAUUAGUAAGCUCAGAGCGGAAGUCGUGAUAACGUCAUCUCAAUGUCCUGUCCUUCAGGCCCCCAGGAUCAAUAUAGACUACAAAUUCAACGGUAACUUUUCCAAUUCAGAUCCCCUCACCAGCACCCAUCUCGACGUCAUUCCUCAUCCUCGUUGAACGACACUCGACGAAGGCACCAAAGGUAUCAACAGCCAACCUAAAACAGAAGCCAAGAGAACACCCAAUUGAUACCUCAUUCAACUUAUCGAAGGACAGCCAAGAUGCCCGAGUACAUGAAAGCAGUCGACAUCAAGGGCGGCAAGGGCCCCAUCGAAGCCCUCUACAUCAACGACCAGGUCCCCAAGCCCACGCCGGCAGCGCACCAGGCCCUGGUGCGGAUCAAGGCCUUCGGGCUGAACCGCAUGGACCUGAUCCAGCGGCAAGGGAACUACCCCCUCCCGCCACAGGCGGGCCCCAUCAUGGGCGUCGAGUUCUCAGGCACCAUCGAGGCCCUGGGCUCCGAGGAGGCGCACCACUGCCGCGGCCUGAAGGUAGGCGACGAGGUUUUCGGCCUCGCGUACGGCGGCGCCUACGCCGAGUACAUCGCGGCCAGCACCAAGAUGCUGCUGCGCAAGCCCGCGGCCCUGUCGUGGGAGGCUGCGGCGGGGAUCCCCGAGACGUUCAUCACGGCGACGCAGGCGCUGCACUUUGUGGGCGGGUUCGAGGACCUGAGGGGCAAGUCGGUGCUGUGGCACGCGGGCGCGAGCGGCGUCAGCAUCGCGGGGAUCCAGCUGAGCAUCCGGGCGGGCGCGAAGAACGUCUUCGCCACGGCCGGCAGCGCGGAGAAGUGCGAGUUCGUCGAGAAGGAGCUGGGGGCCACCAGGGCGUUCAACUACAAGGAGGACGACUGGUCCAAGGGCGUGCUGGAGGCCACGGGCGGGGCGGGCGUGGACCUGAUCGUGGACUACAUCGCGGGCGACUACGUGCAGAAGAACCUGGACUGCGCGGCGCGGGAGGCGCGGGUCGUGCAGCUGGCCUUCAUGGGCGGCGCGCAGCUCAGGGACCUCAACGUGGCGCAGAUACUGUACAAGCGCAUCCGCUGGGAGGGCAGCACGCUGCGGGCGCGCGACGAGGAGUACCAGGGCCGGCUGCGGGACAGGCUCGAGCAGGACGUGCCGGCCAUCGCCGGCGGCGAGCUCAAGGUCUUUGUCGACAAGGUCUACGGGAUGGACGAGAUCCAGGAGGCGCACCGGCUGAUGGAGAGGAAUGUCACGAGGGGCAAGAUCAUCUGCACUGUGCCUUGAGCGGGCAAGUUGGAUAUCGAGAGGUGUGGGUAUAUAGUACGUGGAAUUGGAAAUAUCAAAAGUGUAUUUCGUGAUAAUUGAGUCCCCUGCUGCCCCUCCCGGCAGCCCUAUUCCUUUUCAGACUCGCAGGCACUUUUCUCCGACCCUGAACGCCAUGUCUCAACCUAUAUCCCAUGUGUAUAACAACCAGCCCCCGCUUACAAAGCCAUCUUCUCAUGCAGGAAGCGCUUCUUGCCCUCGCCCUCGCCGUACACAGCCGACACGUGGCCGGUACCCCGGACCUUGUACUUGUAGAUGGUCAGGCCCUCGAGCCCGACGGGGCCGCGGGCGUGGAUCUUGUUGGUGCUGAUGCCGACCUCGGUGCCGAAGCCAUAGCGCAUGCCGUCGGCCAUGCGCGUCGACGCGUUCCAGUACACGCCCGCCGAGUCGACGGCCGUCAUGAAGCGCUCGGCCUGCGCCGCGUCCGAGGUCAGGAUGGCGUCCGUGUGGUGCGACCCGUGCGUGUUGAUGUGCGCGACGGCCUCCUCCACCCCGGACACGGCCUUGACGGCCAGCACGAGUGCCAGGUGCUCCGUGUCGAAGUCGACGUCCCGCGCGUCCUCGACCUUGCCCCCCGCCGUGGCUGGUAGUAGUUUCUCCGCGGCGGCCUUGGUCCGGGCGUCGCAGCGCAGGGUGACGCCCUUGGCGAGGAGGGCCUCUGCGACGGCGGGGAAGACGGCGCCGUCCAGGGCGCCCUCGUCGACCAGGAGGGUCUCGAGGCUGUUGCACGCGGCCGGGUAGCUCGUCUUGGAGUCGACGGCGACGGCGGCGGCCAUGGCGGGGUCGGCGGACCGGUCCAGGUAGGCGGCGCAGAGCCCGUCGGCGUGGCCCAGGACGGGGAUCUUGGUGUUGUCCUUGACGUAGCGCACGAGGUCGUUGCCGCCGCGGGGGAUGACCAGGUCGACGUAGGCAUCAAGCGCGAGCAGCUGGGGGAUGACGUCGCGGGUGGUGACGAGCUGGACGGCGGCGUCGGGCACGGCGACGUGCGCGGGGGCCAGGGCGGCGGAGAUGGCGGUGGAGAUGGCGACGAAGCUGUGGGUGCUCUCCUUGCCGCCCUUGAGGAUGGCGGCGUUGCCGGACUUGAUGGCCAGGCUGGCGAUGUUGGCGAUGACCUCGGGGCGGGCCUCGAAGAUGAUGAGCAGCACGCCGAUGGGGCAGGUCAGGCGCUCGAGCACGAGGCCGUCGUCGAGGCGGGUGCGCAGGUCGACGACGCCGAGCGGGUCGCCGAGCCCGCGCACGUCCAGGAUGCCCUUGAGCAUGUCCUCCCACUUUCCCGCCUUGGCCAGGUCCAGCCGCGACACCAGGCUCGGCGACAGCUGCCCGUCGGCGGCGGCCUGGCGGGCGGCGUCCAUGUCCCUGGCGUUGGCGGCCAGGAUGGCGUCCUUGGAGGCCACCAGCGAGUCGUGGAUGGCGGUCAGGGCAUCGUUGCGGGCGCCGACGGGCAGCGUGGCGAGGAGGUGCGAGGCUGACUUUGCAGCCUGGGCGGCCUCGAGGGCACUCGAGUUUGUGAGAGACAUAGUCCCUGCUGGUGAUAUGUGUGGCAAGCACACAGGCAGGGUAUCAAGAUAUGGCAAGGCUGAAAAUAACGAUGGUCUGCCUCGUGGUUGUGGGGUGGUGGCUGUGGCUGCGAUUGCGAGAGUCAAGUUUAGUCAAGUCAUUCGGGUGAAGUCAUUUUCAUGUGUGACUCCACGAUCGGAGUCGCUUCCCGAUCGAGUUCUGGACGGCCAUCAUGCACUGCCAAAUGCAGUCCAAAGCUGCAAUGUUGGUUAUUUGAUUUGUUUAUGGUAUUGAUCUGGUCAAUCGAAUGAAAC